GUCCACAGGCUUGCGACAUUCUGAGGUGGAGAAGGGCCAGGCUCCAGGCUCAGCUUUUUGGAAACCAGUGUACAACACCCAAUCGCUUACCUCCCCUCCUCCUCAGAGCCAGGAGGGGCUGUGGCUUGGCAGGGUGCCCAGCCAGCUGGGGUAGGAAGUCGACUCUACAAGGGGCACAGAGCUUGAGACUCAUUUCGGAAAAGCUGAGCUCGACUUUGGAGGCAGGCUUGAGAGAGCAGGCAGGUGGGCCUGCGGGGCUGUGAGCACAAUGCUAGUGGAGCUGUUUCUGGACCUGUACUCGCCCCCUUGCCGUGCCAUCUACAUUUUUGCCAAGAAGAACGGCAUUCCCUUUGAGCUACGACCUGUGGAGCUGGCCCGGGGGGAACACUUGAAGCCUGAGUUCCUGAAGGUGAACCCUCUGAAGAAGGUGCCUGCCCUCAGGGAUGGUGACUUUCUUCUGGCAGAGAGUGUGGCCAUUCUUCUCUACCUGAGCCGCAAGUUCCAGACUGCAGCACACUGGUAUCCAGCCGACUUGCAAGCACGUGCUCGUGUGGACGAAUUCCUGGCAUGGCAGCAUGCCGCCAUCCAGCUGCCUGCCACCAAUGUCUACCUGUGCAAGACGCUCCUGCCUUACUUCUCGGGGCAGCCUGUGGAUACUGUGAAGUUGGAGAGGCUGAUAAGUAGACUGACAGCCACACUGCAGCACCUAGACCAGCAGGUUCUGGCCGUCCGGCCCUUUAUGGCCACUGAGCAGGUUUCUCUGGCUGACCUGAUGGCAUUCACAGAGCUGAUGCAGCCCAUUGCUGCUGGCUGUGAAGUCUUCCGAGACUGGCCCCGCUUGACAUCAUGGCGGGCCCGUGUGGAGGCUGUCCUGGGCCCUGAGCUCAUCCAGGAGGCACAUAGGCUGGUACUACAGCCUCGGGACCCCCGAGAGGCCCAGCGGGACCCCCAAGUGGCCCAGAUACUGGUGCAUCGGCUUCAAGAGAGGCUCUCCUGAACAUUGCUAUUCACAAUAAACCUGUUGUGUGUCUUC